AUGCCGGUGAGCGCGCUGCCCCGCAGCAGCGGCGGCUUCUCGGGCCCCGGGUCCCUGAGCCCGGCGUCGCUGUCCCGCAGCCUGUCCCGGCUCCGGGAGACCCGCACCCGGACCCGGAUCAUGCUGGCGCUGGGGGUCUCUCAGAUGGUUCUGGGGAGUCUGAUCCUGGCCGUCAGCUUUGCAGCUCUGGCUCUCACCACAUCACCCAGAGUCCGGCACUCGUGUCCCUUCUGGGCAGGUUUCUCUGUGUUGCUCUCGGGACUCAUCGGAGUGGUGUCAUGGAAGAGGCCGCUCUCUCUGGUGAUCACUUUCUUCAUGCUGCUGUCAGCAGUGUGUGUGAUGCUCAACCUGGCAGGCUCCAUCCUCUCCUGCCAGAACGCUCAGCUGGUCAACUCUCUGGAAGACUGUCAGCUGUGUGGAUGUGUAUUCCCCCCUCCUCCCCACCAGCUCAAGUUUGACAGCGAUGGAGUGUGUGUCUGCUGCGAGCUACAGCAGCAGAGCUCGAGCUGCAACAACCUGGGCGAGAUGCUGAAGCUGAAUCCACUGAGGGACUGCAACACGAUACGCCUCCGUCUCAAGGAGCUGCUGUUCAGCGUGUGUGCCCUCAACGUCAUCUCAACCAUUGUGUGUGCUCUGGCCACGGCCAUGUGCUGUAUGCAGAUGGUCUCGACUGAUGUGCUGCAGAUGUUUAUGCCGCACAGAGCGCGAGCCCUAAAUGCUGACUGCAUGACCCCCCACGGAACCAUCCUCCACCAAACUCUGGACUUUGAUGAGUUUAUUCCUCCCAUACCUCCUCCACCGUACUACCCCCCGGAGUAUACCUGCACCCCCUCGAUGGAUGGACAGAGAGGGCUCCACCUGGACUUCCCCCACUCUCCCUUCAGUGCCAUCUACGGGGUUCCCAUCAACAGCCCAGGGACCCUGUACCCAACGGACCUGCCGCCUCCAUAUGAGUCUGUGGUGGGGCAGACCCCUGCCAGCCAGGUCACAACCAGCAUCGAGCAACAGGCCACUGGGUCCAGUUUGUGUGAGAGAAACACCACUGCAGGUCUCAGCACUCAGGCCUCAGUGGACAGUGCAUCCCUGAUGGUGUCAGAGGUGGCUGAUCAGGACCAGACCUGCUCCUCAGAGGACUUGUGCUCCCUGGAGGUCCAGGGCUCUGACUGCUCUCCUUACGGCACGCCCCACACUGCCCCCACUGACGGCAGCUGCACCAGCCUGGAACUUUGUACACGGGACCCGUCCCGUUGCCACCGUGGCCUGCCUAACAUGGAUGUUCGCCCCUGUGACACCGGAUACAGUGAGUCUUCACAGACCCAGGAGUCUCUGGAACGCUCUCCAGACUGGUCGUCAGAGAACUUUAGCAAUCCGGACCAGGAGGACUCCACAGACAACACACAUCCCUGUGAGGAACACAGUGCCACACUGCACAUAUGUGACGAGCUCGCCUCAGCCAAACAUUUACCGGAGGAGCCGCCUAAACCACCAACGCACUCCCUCAUUAAAGCACGAAUGAUGAGCAGGAAGCUCAUGCUCCCUGUUGCUAUCCCCCAACCACCUCAGCCUUGUUCCCCCACCUCAGUGGCCUCCUCUGGUGGAACUUCAGCCAUCAGCCCUUUGGCUCUUUCUUCCUCCCCUUCCCCUCCGAACAGACCACGCGGCCCCAGGCUGUGUUUCAGUGUUUGGUCUCCCUCUUCGACAUCACAACCCCCCUCUACCUCAGCUCAAAGUGGCCACUCGCCCUCAGAGAGGCCUCGGGUGCGAGCAGCCAGGAGGUACCGCAAGCUGGCCCGCAUCGUCCGCUCCACCAGUGACCCCAUCUCCUGCUCCUCUGCAACAGGAAGAGAAAAUAGUGGCUGCGCCUCUGCCACUGACCCUGCUGCUGAAGCUUCAGCUCAUACGUCACCAGAGCAAGACGUGUCAGUAGAGGAUAGUGGCGCAAAACCCGGUCACAUAUUUGUCAGGAAGCAGCAGAAAGAGGAGAAGAAAACUGACAUCCCCCUCAAACCUCGAGCCCUGCACACAAGCUCCUCCCAUGAGCGCCCACACUCGCUGGCCGACCUCAAGAUGUACAAAGACACCAAAAUAUUGGUGGCCAAGUUCCUUGAGCAUUCAAACUGCAGUCUACCUCCUGAGGUCCAGCAGGUGGUCAACAACAUCAAGUGCGUCAUCAAGUCGGAUGAGAAACACAUGGAGGAGGCCAUCUAUAGUGCCAAUGUCAUAGAUCAGGUGAUGACCCAGCGCAUCAACGGCAGUCCCAGAAAGCGAGGCUGUGAGGAUCUACACCUCCAGAGCUGCGGCGCUUUGAGCUCAUCACCGUCCCCUUCCCUGUGCCGUCCCAAACACCUCCAACAAACAACCAGUGCCUCCACCAACCCACUGGACUCCCCCUCCUCUGAACAAGGCCUUGAGUACAGAGAGACUAUUCUCUGA